AUGUCAAUCAAGAUUCACUAUUUCGCAGGCUACGGAAGAGCUGAGGCUAUAAGAAUGCUUCUUGCUCACGCUAAAGUUCCUUAUGAAGAUGUUCACUACACCUUCGCUCAGGUACCUGAAGUUAAGGCUUCUGGCAUUCUUGAGUUCGGUCAACUCCCAGCAGUUGAAAGAGAAGGAAAAUUCUAUUGUCAAUCAGUUGCAUGCCUUAGAGGUCUUGGCAUCAUGUUGGAGAACGGAUACUAUCCAACUGACGCCUACCAAGCUUAUUUGGUUGACUCAAUUGUUGAUGCAGUAGGAGAUAUUUACUUUUCCUAUUUCACUGCUGCUUUCAAUCCAAAUGAAGAUGCUAAGAAAGCUCAAUUAGAAGCCUUUUUAGCUACAACUCUUCCUAAAUUCCUCGCUGCAUUCGAAAAGAGACUUGAAGGCAAUUCAAGCCCAGACAAGAUUGUAGGUGACAAGCACACAAUUGCUGAUUUCGCUCUUGCUGGCUUAGCUUACUCAUCUUUCUUAAAUGAAGCCAAUCCAAUGAAAGCUCAAACUUUAGAAGUUGCCAGCAAAUUCCCUAAGUUAUUGGACUAUUUCAAUGGACUCGGUGAGACCCUCAAGGAGCACCUCGCUACCAGAAAGCCAUCUCCAUGGUGA